UUCGGCUCGUGAGGUUGUCAUAGUUGGCAUUCAUCGAGAGAGAAACACUACGGAGGUCUUCUCUUUAGUCUCUACAUGUGGUGUCAUCUCAACAUCAAAAUGAAGUUUGCAGUUUAUCUAGUCCUGUGCUUUUUGGCAACAUCAGCCAGAGCACAGACUGAAGGUGAUGUGAGACUUGUUGAUGGAAGUGCUUCAAACGAAGGAAGAGUUGAGGUCUACGCCAACGGAGGAUGGGGUACUGUGUGUGAUGACUCGUGGGAUGAUACAGAUGCUACAGUUGUUUGUCAAAGUCUCGGCUUUGGUCCUGGAAUAGCGCACUCAUUAUCUUACUUCGGAGAAGGUUCGGGUGAUAUCCUGCUAGAUGAUGUAUCUUGUACUGGAAGUGAAGCUUCUCUUCUGGAAUGUUCUAAUGCUGGAAUCGGCACUCACAACUGUCUACAUUUUGAGGAUGCGGGAGUCACUUGUUCAUUAGCAGUGCGAUUGGUUGACGGAAGUGCUUCAAACGAAGGAAGGGUUGAGGUCUACGCCAACGGAGGAUGGGGUACUGUGUGUGAUGAUUCGUGGGAUGAUACAGAUGCUACAGUUGUUUGUCAAAGUCUCGGCUUUGGGUCUGGAACAGCAUACCCUAGCGCUUACUUCGGACAAGGUUCAGGUGAUAUCCUGCUCGAUGAUGUAUCAUGUACAGGAGCUGAAUCUUCUCUUCUGGAAUGUUCUAACUCUGGAAUCGGCGUUCAUAACUGUGGACACUAUGAGGAUGCGGGAGUCAUUUGUUCAUCACCAGAAUUAGUGCGACUGGUUGAUGGAAGUGCUUCAAACGAAGGAAGAGUUGAGGUUUACGCCAACGGAGGAUGGGGUACUGUGUGUGAUGAUUUGUGGGAUGAUACAGAUGCUACAGUUGUUUGUCAAAGUCUCGGCUUCGGGUCAGGAACAGCACACUCUUACGCUUACUUCGGAGAAGGUUCAGGUGAUAUCCUACUAGAUGAUGUAUCAUGUACUGGAAGUGAAGCUUCUCUUCUGGAAUGUUCUAAUCCUGGAAUCGGCGUUCAUAACUGUGGACACUCUGAGGAUGCGGGAGUCACUUGUUCAUUAGCAGAAUUAGUGCGACUGGUUGAUGGAAGUGCUUCAAACGAAGGAAGAGUUGAGGUUUACGCCAACGGAGGAUGGGGUACUGUGUGUGAUGAUUCGUGGGAUGAUACAGAUGCUACAGUUGUUUGUCAAAGUCUCGGCUUUGAGUCUGGAACAGCAAACACCAACGCUUUCUUUGGAGAAGGUUCAGGUGAAAUUCUGCUCGAUGAUGUAUCUUGUGAUGGAGAUGAAACUUCUCUUCUGGAAUGUUCUAAUCCUGGAAUCGGCGUUCAUAACUGUGGACACUCGGAGGAUGCGGGAGUAACUUGUUCACCAGCAGAAUUAGUGCGACUGGUUGAUGGAAGUGCCCCGAACGAAGGAAGGGUUGAGGUUUACGCCAACGGAGGAUGGGGUACUGUGUGUGAUGAUUCGUGGGAUGAUACAGAUGCUACAGUUGUUUGUCAAAGUCUCGGCUUUGAGUCUGGAACAGCAAACACCAACGCUUACUUCGGAGAAGGUUCAGGUGAUAUUCUGCUCGAUGAUGUAUCUUGUGAUGGAGAUGAAAGUUCUCUUUUGGAAUGUUCUAAUCCUGGAAUCGGCGUUCAUAACUGUGGACACUCUGAGGAUGCGGGAGUCACAUGUUCACCAGCAGAAUUAGUGCGACUGGUUGAUGGAAGUGCUUCAAACGAAGGAAGGGUUGAGGUUUACGCCAACGGAGGAUGGGGUACUGUGUGUGAUGAUUUCUGGGAUGAUACAGAUGCUACAGUUGUUUGUCAAAGUCUCGGCUUUGAGUCUGGAACAGCAAACACCAACGCUCACUUCGGACAAGGAGUAGGUGAUAUCCUGCUCGAUGAUGUAUCUUGUACUGGAAGUGAAACUUCUCUUCUGCAAUGUUCUAAUUCUGGAAUCGGCGUUAAUAACUGUGGACACCAUGAGGAUGCGGGCGUUACGUGUUCAUUAACAGAAUUAGUGCGACUGGUUGAUGGAAGUGCCCCAAACGAAGGAAGGGUUGAGGUUUACGCCAACGGAGGAUGGGGUACUGUGUGUGAUGAUUUCUGGGAUGAUACAGAUGCUACAGUUGUUUGUCAAAGUCUCGGCUUUGGGUCUGGAACAGCAAACACCAACGCUUACUUCGGAGAGGGUUCAGGUGAUAUCCUACUAGAUGAUGUAUUUUGUACUGGAAGUGAAACUUCUCUUCUGGAUUGUUCUAAUGCUGGAAUCGGCGUUAAUAACUGUCAACACCAUGAGGAUGCGGGCGUUACGUGUUCAUUAACAGGAACCGAAGUACGUCUGGUUGAUGGUUCCUGUGCCGGCGAGGGUAGAGUCGAGGUUUUCUAUGACGGGGCCUGGGGGACUGUCUGUGACGACUUGUGGGAUGAUACUGAUGCGACCGUUGUCUGUCGAAGUCUUGGGUACACAUCCGGAAUAGCGGUAGGAAAUGCAGGAUUCGGAGAAGGGACUGGGGAGAUACUUCUUGAUAAUGUAGAAUGUGCAUCCACUGAUACCGACCUCUUCGACUGCCAACGCAAUGAUAUCGGAGAUCAUAAUUGUGUCCAUGCUGAAGAUGCGGGAGUGACGUGUUCGUAAGGAAGACGAUUGAUGCUGGAAGAUCUUUUGUCCAUUGAACUCAAACCAAAUUUGUUUAAAAUCUUCAAAAUUGGUGCAUCGAUUUAUCAAUUUAAAUUCUAGAAUUUUUCUAUCUAUUUUUUUCUCUUCCGCAUGUACUCGGGCAUACAGUAAAACAUUGUGCUUCAUAUUUUACAGGUUUUUGAAUAUUUGGUACACGGUUUGCUGCAGAUUUACAGUUAGGCUUAAUUUAAUUUGAUUGCAACUUGUAUAGGCCCUUACAACGAAACCCUAAGGUGGCAAUGUAUACAUCUGAUGCAUGGUCGAUUAACCUAUAGGUUCGAAUUUAAUGGUAUAAUUUCAUGACACCCCAAGUAAGUUAGAUAAUGAUUUGAAAAAUCAAUCAAUAGAUUUUAAUCACUACGUAACAACCACGAUGAAAUAGAUACACAUUUAUGAACAAGUUCUUUGCCAUUCCAUAAUCGUCACGUGACCCAAAUGAUAUUAUAAACAUGUCUGUUCUAUUAGGUUUUAUCGUUAAUCAUUUACAUAUCUUCAUCUUUCCAUGUACAAAUCAAUAAUUACGUACUAUCCAAGGAGAUAUUGACGGUAAACAUGUUUAGAAAUAAUUGAGCACGGAGCGAAAUAUUACUCAGAUGAAAUAACUAACAAAUUUAAGAAUCAAUAAAAUAAAGUCAAUGUGAACCCGGGCCUCUUAACACAAAUAGUUUAGUAAUUAAUCGCUAAUUGAAAGAACAAUUUUGAUUAAUAGUCGUCAGUCAGUCAUGCAACAAGGAUCUUGAUAGGACAUUUCAUUUAGCGAUUCGCUAUUAUGUUUGUUACGGAGUCCUGAUGUAUACAUUUCCGAAUCUUAAUGUUUCCCUUUAUGCUAUGAAAUGAAAUUUCGAAAGCUUCGAAACAUCAUUGACAUUUUGAUUAAUGGAGAUGUGCAGUUAUGUCGUCCAAAUUGUCGGCAUGAUUUUUUUUGUCUGAUUUCGAUCAAUUAAAUUGUUCAGUUAAGGUCAUCGUAAAAUCUUGAGUUAUUGACUUAAUAAUUCGAAAAAAAUUUUGGUAAAAAUAUUGAAAUUAUAUUUUCUUUCUUCUCUAAAUUCCAUGUUAAUCUUUUUUUUUUGUUUACCGCGAGUGUUUGCGUGGUAUCUUAGAGUUGCAUUAUAAAAUCAUUACUGAGUGGAGUAUAUCUCAUGAAUGGGAACAAAUUUUUAUAUGAUCCUAUGGUAUCUUUGGAAAUAAAGUCUGUCUGCAUUACA